AUGAAGACCCCUAUCGUUAGAUCAUAUGUUAGGUCAAAAGUGCCUCGUCUGCGUUGGAAUUCUGAUCUUCACAACUCUUUUGUUCAAGCCGUUGAACAACUCGGUGGAGAACAUAGAGCAACUCCUAAGAUGGUUUUACAGUUAAUGGAUGUGAGAGGACUCACAAUAUCACAUGUAAAGAGUCAUCUCCCACUACAAGAAAGAGGCCUUUAUACCGACACUCAAUUUUGUCAGAAUCUCGUCGGAAGACCUUACCUCCGAGGAUUUUCCGAGAACACUCAAUUGGUCGGGGUUUGA